AUGACUGUACUGAGUGCGAAGACGCCAGACAAUGUCGAUCGACUGGCCCGAAAAGUCCAAUGUAAGAACACCUCAACCAUAACGUACAUUGACCCGCUAAUCGACUCUCAAGCACUUGUCACAGCCAAAGACACAAGCGAGAGGGUCCUGAUCGGUAUAUCAGGAAUCCCAGGCUCCGGCAAGAGCACACUCGCAGCCUCUGUGGCAGCACGGGUCAAUCAACUCGAGAAAUACAGCCGCCAAGCCGCAAUCACCCUGCCAAUGGACGGGUACCAUCUCUCCAGAGCACAGCUCGCCGCAAUGCCUGAUCCCGCAACCGCGAUUCACCGUCGAGGCGCUGCCUUCACAUUCGACGCAGAGGCAUUCUACAGACUAGUUCAGCGUCUUCGAGAGCCAUUGACGCCUUCGACUCCUACUAUCUACGUGCCUUCGUUUGACCAUGCCAUCAAAGAUCCUAUCGCCGACGACAUUCCCAUUCCGUCCUCGGCCAAGAUUGUUAUAAUCGAAGGCCUGUAUCUGAGUCUCAACCGCGAGCCCUGGGCCUCCGCAGCUGCCCUGAUGGACGAGAUAUGGUUUAUCGAUGUUGACCGCGAAAUCGCUCAGGCGAGGCUUAUCAAACGGCACGUUGCGUCUGGGAUUGUGCCUGAUAUUGCCGCUGCAGAGCAUCGGAUUGAGAGCACAGACUUUCUGAACGCGGAUGAUAUUCUCCAGAAUAGACUGCCUGUACAGGACGUAAUUCCAGGAAAUCGAGUUGGUGAAAUCCCGGAUCUAGACGUCGGAUAG